UCCACCUAUUAUGAUCGCUUCAGUCCAAAAUAACCCCACUUUGGUCCGCACUACACCCACCGAUCCCUCAAAGGCUCAAACGACGCGUUUCUCACCUCACUAAUUAUCUGGAUACACACGCAACCCACCAUCCGAAAUUCUCAAAAAGCGCACACACGAGAUAGCGGCGGAGGGAUUCUGCAAUUUAAAAGUUCCAAAAGCAGAUUUGGAAAUAAAUAAAUAAAAAAUCUCUGAAAAACUGAUAAAAAUAGGGAUUUGGGAAAGGAUUUGGAGACGAAUCAGCUGCUGGAAAUUUAAGGUUCAAAUCCUUUUUCUUCUGGGUUAUAAAGCUGUGGAAGCUGGGAUUGGGAGCUGAUCUCGCCGCUGAUUACGCUGUUGUCCAGUAGCUGAGUUCCAACAUUACAUCUGUUUUUUUUCAGCCUUUGUUUUGGCUUUCGAUUUUUAUUUGUGGCUCAGGCCAUAAAGAGAAGUCAACUUUAACAAUAUGGACCUCAAACCGUUCAAAUUAGACAUUGAUGAGCUUAUAAAGGAGUUUGCCAAGGGUGGAUCUCCUAGUUUUGCAGAAAUGAAGAGAGUGUGGGUCUCUAAAAAGCUCUCCUAUAUUUUUGAGGCCAGUCCCUCUAAAGAUCAGGCAUGCUUUAUGCAAUCACUCUAUGCCUACUGCAGUGGUUACAUGGUGUCUAAUUAUUCUCUUUUGAGUAGACUGGGUGGGCUUUAUUCCCUGUACUGCCUUUAUGAGACGCAGCCAUUCAAGCUUCCUUUCAAGAUUUAUAUAUCUCUAGGUUAUGUGAAUGGAAUUGGACCACUAUUAGGUGUCCACCGUUGUUGCUUCGACUGAUGUUAAACCUUUUCUUGGUUUAGCUUUGAGGACAUUAACCUGUAUAAUUGGAACCACAGGAGACCUGAAGAAUCUUCGGAGCAUCAUCACAGAGGCAAAGGCUAAAGAUGUUAAAGUAGUCCCUGCCCUGCUUUAGUCAAACGUAUGUUAAACAGGAACAUGUUUCUUUUUGGGUCUGUGGAUGUGAAUGAAGGCUCUGUAACUGAGAGAUUAGAUGAACUGACGGAAAUACAAAAUGCAAGUAUCCGUAUAGCAUCCAAAAAGUUAUUUGCAAAUACCCAGAUCAAGCACUUCACCCACAUGGAUAUGGGCAUGGAGCUUGAGGUGGAUUUGCUCAAGCAAAAGUCAGCAGAAUAUGCAAGGGCCAAGGAACUAGCUAUUAGAGCGGCUAGAGACAUGGUGGAUGUAGAAAAUAUAAAGCACAUAACAGAGAACCAGACAUUGAUAGGCGAUGUAGUUGAGAAGACUGCUGAGGACUGGAAAGCUCAGAAGGAAAUAUUCUAUCAACAAACAGGCAUUGGUUUUCAGCCUGUCAAAGACUCGCUUGACAUUGUAAAGGAAAAGCAGGAAAAGUUCUCCCAACAAGAAGUGGCUGAAGAGCAUGAUGGCAAUGAAGACUUCAGUAAGGAACUAGAAGCAGUGCUAUUGUCGGAGCAAAACGAAUGUGACUUUGAAGAAUAGGGAGAGAACUUGUAUAAAAAGAAGGUUUGGCACUAUAGUUAUAAGUAUGCUUGUAAAUGAUUUUCGCAGCUACAUGAAAGAGGUUGCAGCUUCUAGUAGACUGUCCUGUAUUGAAAGGAAGGAAAGAAGUUUUGCAUGCAUAUAGAUAAGAUGAAAUUUUCCAGUUUCUAUCUGUGUACUGAACCUUGUCGCUCUCCUUUCUUUCCUCGCGAGCAGGAAACACCCUAGCGGGCAUAUGUUGCACGAU